UGAAUUUGAAACUUUUUCUUGCGAUUUAGUAACCGCUUUCCUCUUCUCUCACUGCAUCAGACCUCAAAAAGCACUUUAAAAUGGCGAUCAUAACAGAGCAUGAAGAUGAGCAUAUUGAUCAACCAGGUUCUCCUUCAAAAUCUAAGCCUAAAAUUAAACCAAAGCUCAAAUCCAAACCCCCGAAACCAGAAUCACGAACCACAACAACCCCAAACCAAAACCCAUUCAUUUUCUGGUUCUACUUCACACUUAUUGUUUCUCUAAUCACUUUCUUCUUCGUUUCUCUCCCUUCUUUUUCAUCAUCCGACCCGAAGACUUGGUUUUUAAAACUACCCACAAUUCUUAGAGAUCACUACUCUAAGGGGAGAACUAUCAAGGUUCAAAUCAACCCAAAUGAACCUGCAAUUGAAGUUUUUGCUUACUCACAAGGUCCUCGAACUUCUGAAAAUGUGUUGAUUAUUCACGGGUUAGGCUGUAGUUCUUUUACAUUUCGUAAUGUAGUUGAUGAUUUAGCUUCUAAUGGUUUGUUUGCUGUGGCUCUUGAUUUACCCGGUUCCGGGUUUUCAGAUAAAACAGUGGUUAGAGAAAGGGAGAUUGUAGGUGAUCCUGGGGUUUUUGAGAGGUUUAUGGAGGUGUAUGAGGAGAUUAAGGAAAAGGGUAUUUUUUGGGGUUUUGAUAAUCUGAUUGAAAGUGGACAUCUUCCCUAUGAAGAGGGUAAACCUCGAAUUUCGACUAGGAAAGUUGUUGAGCCUUUGGAUUUAGGUGCACAAGAAAUGGAUAGGGUUUUAGGUCAAGUCAUUGAUUCAAUGGGAUUAGCUCCUUUGCAUUUAGUUCUACAUGAUUCAGCAUUAGUAAUGGGGGCAAAUUGGGUUGUUAAAAAUGCAGGGAGAUUGAGGAGUCUUACACUUAUUGAUACUUUGCCUAGAGGCAUGGCAUUACCCAUAUGGGCAUUGCAAGUUCCGGUGCUUCGAGACGUUGUUUUGAGCAUUGAUUAUGCAUUUGAGAGCUUGAUGAGUUCAUGUUGUUCAAAGAAAUUCAAGGGUUCAAAUUUAGAGGCUCAUAGGGUUCUUAUGAAGGGUAGAGAUGGGAGGGAGACGACUGUAGGAAUAGGGAAGAAGUUGAAUCAAAGCUUUGAUUUGGCUGAAUGGGCAAGUAUGGAUGAAUUUAAGAGUGUGCCAAUGCAAGUGCUUUGGUCUGGUAGUUGGUCACAAGAGUGGAAUGAAGAGGGUAAAAGAGUUGCUGAGGCUGUUUCUCAAGCUAAAUUCGUCUAUCACUCUGGUGGGAGGUGGCCUCAGGAUGACACAUCGAGUGAGUUAGCUGAAAAAAUCAACAGUUUAAUAUCAUCUCUUCCGAAGACUGAAAAGAUAGUGGAUGACGAGCCUUUACCAGAACAUAUUCAAAAGAAGCUUGACGAGGCAAAAGCGGGAGGUAACCACCAUCAUCAAGGUCAUGGUAGUCAUAACCACCAUGAUGGGCACAUUCAUGACGAUGGAGCUCAUGCAGGUUACAUGGACGCCUAUGGCCUUGGUCAUGGUCAUGGGUGGGGAAUGUGAUUUACUUGGUCCCUCUAAUGACUGCUUAAGUAUAUGAACCUGCCAUGAGAGACUGAUGAAAACUACCAACAGUUGUGGAUAUCCGAAAUCAUUUGGAUGUGGCAUGAGAUAACCGAAUGACAAAAUUUAGCGUUUCGAACGGGGUGUGUUGACAUGCUAGAUUGCUAGAUGUUCUUUUUGUUUUUCAAUUUUGUACGCCAUCUUUUCAUUUGCGUAGUAAAAUUUGUGCUUUGUAUUUAAACCAGACUCCUUGUCGAUGUAACCCGAUUGUCCAGGUUGCUUGGGGGCUGUUGUAUUUUUUCAGCUCCUGUUAGAAUUUUGAUGCAUGUGUUGAUAGGGAAUGUUUUCUUCCUCAAGCUAUUGAAUGCUCAAAUCGAUGUUGUUUGUAUAAUGACUUUUGAGCUUCUAUCUUUUCCCCCUUAUGUACC